AUGUGGGAGAUAGUGGUUCGACAUGUCUACUCGAACAACAAACAAUCCAGUACCGUUGUAGAGCCGAAGGCAGCGAUACCAAAUGCAUGGGGAAGCAUCUACAACAACAAUCCCUACGAUCAUAGUCGAGUUGAAACUCAGUGCCGUUGCGCUCGAAACGGGAGAGAAGUAGCAAUUGUCCCACCGCCAUCGAAGCCGCCAACUCUGCGCUGUUUCGAGCGCAGUCGCAUAUGCAAUUGCACCGAGCCUCAGGUCCAAUGCUCAAUGGGUGCAAUAUGGUCGUACGCCGGACGUUAUUCUGUCUUACCCCUUCCUGUGUCUGGUAAUUAUGGAGCAGGAUGUGCAGAUUUGAUGAUCGCUGACAAACAUGAUGGUGAUACGGGUGUUUUUAUGCGAUUAUACUAUCCUACUGAUAAAAACGAUCCUAACCGACAGUCGAUAUCUUCUGAGCAUCCUCUCUGGCUUAGUCGAACAGAGUACGUGAAUGGGCUUGCCACUUAUAUGAAACAAUCUGCUGGGCGUUUACAAUUUGUUUUCAACUGGAUUAUUGGAGAAACAAGAACAGCUGCGCUUUGGCAGCAAACAUUGGCUCGCUCUUCUCAUCCUAUUUCCAAUGGAUCAAAUCAUUCAAUCAAAGACACAUCGUUUCCAGUUGUUAUAUUUUCACAUGGGUUAUCGGGUUGCCGUCACUUCUAUUCCACAUUUUGUGCUUCUUUAGCCUCUUGCGGCUUUAUUGUUGGGGCCAUUGAACAUAGUGAUUAUUCUGCAUGUUGGACGUACAAAUUGAAUCCAGAUCCUAUUUCUGGUCGUCUCAAGGAACGUCAGUUCCAAAUACGACUUGUUGAUAAGGAUGACAAACGCAUGUUCAAAAUAAGGAAUCAGCAGUUAAACAAACGGGUUUCUGAGUGUGUGAAGGCACUUCAUGUCCUGGAAGAGAUUAAUCUCGGCCAGCUGCAUGUUGAUAACGUCGUGAUGGGGAAAGAUAUGGACUGGCUUCAAUUCAAGGGCAGACUGAAUCUUUCUCGAGCGUUUGUUGCUGGACAUUCAUUUGGUGGCGCUACUGCAGUAGCGGCCACGGCCUUUUCCACAGAUUUCCAGGCAGCGAUAGUGCUGGAUGGAUGGCUUUACCCACUCGAUUCAGGCCACUAUGAACGAGCUACACAACCUACAUUGUUUUUGAACGCUGGAAGAUGGCAGUACCCAGAAAAUUUGGAACGAAUGGGAAAGUUACGGAAUGUAGCUGAAAAACCAAUGUUCACUUUGAAAGAUGCUGAGCAUCAGACUUUUACCGACUUCCCAUUCCUAGUCAAUUCAUUCAUAGGACGGAGGAUGAAGUUACACGGAGAAACACCCCCAGAAACUGCGAUGGAAGCCAUUGUGGACAUAACAGUUUCAUUUUUAAAUCGUGAACAAGACUCGGAAGCCGCACUUACACAACUGGUGCAAGAAAAGUAUCAAACCUUUAUUGUUGAUGGAUUUCCUAGUGAUAUAAUGAACUCCAAACCUGGGCAACUAACCUGA